CGAUAGGAAUUCAAGAUGGCGCGAGCCAUUUUGACGUUCUGAGCCAAGGCUGAAAACUUUUUCCAAUUAUUUUUAAAAUUUCUGUUUGUUUUUUUGUCAAAAUUGAAAUUCCUUUAAGUGCGGAGUGUCCUGUGUCUGUGCAUUCGAAAUUUUAGUAACCACGUCAUUUAUCCACCCAGAAAGACGCCCCGGAAAAAACUUCGACAGCUCAUCAAUUAUUAGAGACACACACACACCACAAAGUUUAUUCUGUUUUUUUUUUGGGUUUGCUUUCCCCAUUGUGAAACCAAAAAAAAAUUACUAACGAAGCAACUCGCUAUAUGGGCAAAUUAACUGGUAUAUAUAUUUAACAUACAUGGUCAGGAUAUAAAGGAUUAAUCAGGGAAUAAACCAUGGAAGCAAUGCAAUAUGAGCAAGCCCGCAAUAUGACCCUCUUAUUUUUCUUUGAGAGGCUUCUGGAUAAGGGCGAGCCCCGCACCCUACAUGACCUAAGUUGUCAGUUUGGUUCGAAAGGUUUUACUAAAGAAAUGAGGCAAAUUGCUGGAGGGUCUCAGAGUGGCCUAAAGAAGUUCUUAAACCAGUAUCCCUCGCUUUUUUCCAUGGAAGGAGACUAUGUCAUGAUAAACACUUUUCAAAAUUGUGGAACCAAGAGCUCGGCAGGUGGAAAGGACUACAAUACCUUGGCAGUUGAGUAUUUUUCUGAAAAACUGCUGCAAUAUGGCGAGGGUACAGAAGUGCCCAUUAGGAGUCUUCUAGGACACAGAUCUCAAGCCUCUCCAGAAGUCCGUCAUGUAUCAGGUCAGCACUUUCAUGAAUUCAGGGAUUUCUUAUUAAAACACCCUGAAACCUUCACCAUAUGUGAUGAAAAGGAAACUGUAGUUUUAGCCAAUUAUGAUCAUGUUCGAUCACAAUGGCCAAAUACAGAACUUCAUUUUCACCCAGAAGUCCAAAUAGAUCCUCAAGACACUCAGACUUUAUUGGACUUUCUCUCCCAAUGUAUAGAAGUAAAGGGUCCAAUUUUAGUAGAACAACUGUUCCAGUUGGUGAGUUGCAAUCUCCCAGAAAAUCUGUGGUCUAAUCUAUUCAAUACUCCCACACAACUGUCAAGUUUUCUGAGACUAUUCUCUGAUAGUUUCCACAUUCAGACCAAUCUGGUUACUUUAUUGCAAACGCCUAAGAUUAGUCAAAAACAUAUCACUGCACAGGUGGAUUUGAUAAAAGAGAACUUGGCUAAGGACCAUCUGAGAAACAAUGAAGAAGUAAAAAACGCAAAAAACGUUUCGAAUAACAAUAAUCUACCAGAAAAGACACAGGAUACUCCUAAAAUUCUUACUCAAAAUUCAGUGGAAAAGGUGGUGGAAAAAGUGCAGCCAACCAAUCAGUCUCCAGUUCACAAUCCCCCAUCGAGUCCAAGAUCGUUAAGUGAUCGUUUAAAACAGCCAAAAUUACAACAGAAACAAGCAGAGGCCCAGCAAAAGUCCUUAAGCCCUGAACCCCCCGUAUCCAAUAAUUUAAAUAAAGAUUGCGGUGGGGAGGUUAAGAGGGCUGUUGAUUUUAAAAUAGGAAAUCAAUCUUCAACUUUACCAACAGAGAAUGUGGCUGUAACUGUGCAACCGGACAGUGGGGACUUUAAAGCUCCUGCACCAAAACAGACAAAUUACAAUCAAAGUUUGAAACAAAGAAUUAACAGUCUAGUUUUGAAAACCCUGCAAGAAAACACUGGCAGGGAUAGACAAACGAUGUUAAAUCAGCAACCGUCUUACCCCAACGACGCAUGGAAAAUCAAGCUCUUCCAAAGCACCAGGGUGAUAUGCAGUGUCAAAGAAUGUCAAAUUGUUAUAGACGAAAUAAUGAGUAGGAAAAACAAUAGGCCUCGAAACUCAGCUUCAAACCCCGACUGGCCCUUUACGGAAGAUAAAGUUGUGGUCGGUUUUGAUUGUGAAGGAAUUAAUUUGGGCAUCAAAGGGCAAUUGACUCUUUUGCAAAUUGCCACUAUGACAGGCUUCGCGUACGUUUUUGAUCUUAUUUCAUGCCCCCAGAUGAUCGAAGCUGGCUUACGAAAAAUAUUGGAGAGCAAAGAUGUCAUUAAGAUUGUUCACGAUUGCAGAAACGACUCGGUAAACCUAUUUCGUCAGUUCUCGAUAACCCUGGGCUGCGUUUUUGACACCCAAGCGGCGCACGCGGUAAUACAAUAUCAAGAAACCGGAAAACCCGUCUAUAAAGCGAAAAGCGUCGCACUAAACGCUUUAUGUGAAGCGUAUGGGGCCCCACUUAAUCCUGUAAAGGAUCAGCUGAAAAACAUCUACAGACGUGACCAGAAGUAUUGGUCCAGGAGACCUCUUACAAGAGAAAUGAUCCUAUAUGCGUCCGCGGACGUUUUAAGUUUGGUUAAUGAGAAAAUUUUCUAUCCUAUGGUGGGAAGUAUUAAAGAAGAAAACCAGAGUUUAUUGGUGGAACUAUGCGAGGAACAACUAUUUUUACACAUAAACCCGGACGAUGUAAAAAUGAAGAAGAGACAAAGAAAAACCGAAACGGAAGUUAAGGAACUGAGAGCUAAACUGGCUCAGGCUGCCAAAAGUAUAGUGCUUAGUAAUAGGGAAGUGAGGCUUCUUAGAUAUAUCGAGCUAACAGACGAAGAAAAAGAAAAACUGAAAUCAUCGGCAAAAGUAGCGAAAAAACUCGAAAAACUGGAAAGCUUAGGGCAAGAUAAGGAUAACGACAGUUCCGAUGAAGAUAAUGAUAACGAUGAUGGUUAUCCAAGUUUUGAUAGCGAUGUAACCUCACCGAGGAACUCUGAGCCAACGAGUUUAACUGAAUCUAUGCAACUAGUAGAUUCGAUCUUAAAUGACAAUAAAAUUGAUAGACUCGAUAAAAUUGAUAAGCUGGAAUCGAUACUCAGUUCGGCCGCCCUACUUCCUACGAUCGACGGUGACGUAGCAAAAUGUUGCAGCUGUAACUGCCACACGAACAAACCCAACGGUUUGAAAAGUACCGAUCGGGUGCUGUCGCCAACGAACGAAUACGUAAGCAGUCGUAUGGACGACAAUGACAUCGGCGAGAUCAAAGAGAAUCACAGCAAUAUCGGUACGCAAACGUUAAGCACUGGGGAAAUUGUGGUAACGAAGAUUUUUUUUACCGAACCGACUGAAUAAUGAUGGUGGCUCGAAGAUGAUAGUUCUGAUUGUUAGGGUACAAAUUUUU